AUGCAUCCAUCCAUCCAUGCAUUUGUAUGCUAGAGCAGUAGAGCCUAGAGAUGGCUCUGGCUGGAUGGAAUGGACGGAUGGUUGGUUGGUUGGAUGGAUGACGUUGCUGUGGCCGGCUGUUUCCACAUAAAUCCGGCGUCAGGUUUGCAUUGGUUUCUACCUAUUUCAAUUCAUCCCCUCUCUCUGGCUACGACUCUACCUCACAUGCCCCACGCAUCGUUUGCACUAGCUUGCGGGGUAGAUCUCUCUCGACGGCUCUCUCCUCUCCGUCUGUCUAUAGCUACUAUUAAAGGAGGGGAGGCUCUCCUCCUUCUCCCCCUCCUGCUCCUGCUCCUCCUCUUCUUCAUCGUUUCGCUUAGCUUUUCUUUCUUCUUCGUCGUCUCGGUUCACUCCUCCGUUCGAUCGACUUUGCUUGUUUCAAGCAAGCUAGAUCUCUCACCAACAGGAGGUGAUCAAUGGCGAGCGGCGGCGCAUUAUCCCCGGUGGAGGAGAAGCCCACGGUGGUGAAGACGACCAAGGCGGAGCAGCACGAGGAGGAGGCGGCGGUGGCGGUGAAGAGCGCGGCGGAGAUGAUGAAGAAGAGCAGCCCGUGCUGCCCCCGGUGCAACUCCAUCAAGACCAAGUUCUGCUACUACAACAACUACAGCAUGGCGCAGCCGCGCUACUUCUGCCGCGAGUGCCGCCGCUACUGGACCCAGGGCGGCUCCCUCCGCAACGUCCCCGUCGGCGGCGGCUGCCGCAAGAGCAAGCGCUCGUCGGCCUCGUCGGCGUCGGCGUCGGCGGCGUCUCCUCCUGCUCCUGCGGUGGGCGCCGCGCCACCGGUGGUGCCGGCGCUGUCGUCGGCGAUCAGCAAGCUGCUGCAGUCGGAGCCCAUGGCGGCGCCGUGCGCGGACUUCCCCAACGUGCUCCCGACCUUCGUGUCCACCGGGUUCGAGCUCCCCGCCGCCGCCGGCGACCGCCUCUCGCUGGGGUCGUUCGGGGCGUUCGGCAACCUGUCGGCGGCGGUGGCGGCUCCCGGCGGUGGUGGUGGGUCGUCGACGACCACGUCGUUCAUGGACAUGCUGAGGGGAGUUGGAGGGCUUUUCGACGGCGUCGGCAACAGCCAUCAGAUGGGCGGCAAUGGCGGCGGCGGAGGCAGCUACUACGCGCCUCUCAUCACCGGCGCCGGCAAUGGCAUGCUGAUGCCGCCGCCGCCGCUGCCGCCAUUUUCUGGUUCUCUGAUGCAGCAUGGGAUGCAGGGGCUGUUCGCCAAUCAUGCGAUGGGAGGAGGUGGUGGUGGAGUGAUGAACGCCGGCGAGGACGGCAGCGUGAUGGCGGGGCUGGGAGGAGGCCAGUGGCCGCCGGCGCUUGGUGGUGCAGACGAGCAGCAGGGCGGCGGCGACGGUGGCGAAGCUGUGAUGACGAAGGACACCGGCGGCGGCGCAUCGUCGUCGGCGUCGAGGCCGGACUACUUCUACGGCUGGAACAGCGCCGCCGGCGGCGUCGUCGCUGGAGGCGGCAUCGGCGGCAACGCCGCCGCUGCCACCGGAGCAACGCCAUGGCAGGGCCUCAUCGACAGCAGCUCGGCCAUGAUGUAAGCUCAAUCAAAUCAACCAUGCCAAGGUUGGAGAGAGAUCUCAUCCAGAAGUUGUUGCUAGCUUCUUGGAAUGAUUUUUCUUCAGCUUCAUCGAUCGCUUUAGUUCGUUUUUUAUCCGUGGAUCAAAUUAGUUCGCUCUUUGGAAAAAUUCGUCGAAACAGUUUUAAAUUUUGCUAGACAAAUGAAUGUCGUCGUCGUCAUCGUCGCUCGUUUACCUGUAAUUAGCUUGGAGUUGGGGUUGUUUGAUUGACCUCAUGGAACCAUGCAAAAGGUUCUCAUGUUUAAGGGGAGUUAAUUAAAUGUACAUCAUUGGUCGUGACAUUGCUUAAUUGCCGUUGGUUUGUUUCUUAA